UAACCGCGAAAGGAAACUUCUUUGUAGUGGGAUGAAGUGGGGGAAUCAACAGAAAGUGAAACCCCACGUACCCACUAGAACUAAUCCACCGUUUUCGUUCACAAUCCCAUCAAAAUGCAACCUUCAACCUAAACCAUUAACUUCUAGAUUCAACGAAGACAUGAAUUCGGCCACUUGAAUGGAAAGAAAUUACUGGUCGAUCUUGCGAGGGCGUUUGAGUUUGAAAUGCAGAGGAUUCCCGAUCAAUAUGGCAGUUGAUCUCUCUUCCAUUUCACUCAAUAAAGACCCUCCACCAAACUUCAUCACCCCAAGUUUUCGCUGGCGCGAGACACCCACAUCCAAUUUUCGAUUCUGAGUUUCAGGGAGAGAAAGUAUGGCCAGGCAGGAUAUUGAGAGCCGGGAAGUGACCGGAGGAGUAGCGAAGAACAGAGGAAGCAGUAGCUUCUCAUCUUCCUCGUAUUUGAUUGAAAAUACUGAAACCCAAUGGACUUCUUGGCUUGUUCCUAUGUUUGUUGUGGCUAAUAUUGCUGUAUUCAUUGUGGUUAUGUAUAUCAAUAAUUGUCCCCAGCACAAUGAUGGUCUUGAGGGGAAGUGCGUGGCAAGGUUUCUGGAGAGGUUCUCUUUUCAGCCUUUGAGGGAAAAUCCCCUCUUCGGCCCUUCUGCUGCUACAUUGGAGAAGAUGGGAGCUCUAGAGUCGACAAAAGUUGUCAAUAAACAUCAAGCAUGGAGGUUGAUCACCUGUAUCUGGUUACAUGCCGGUGUAUUUCAUCUGCUUGCUAACAUGCUAUGCCUGGUCUUUAUCGGCAUUCGCCUUGAGCAGCAAUUCGGGUUUGUGCGAAUCGGAGUUAUUUACUUGCUCUCAGGAUUUGGAGGGAGUGUUCUUUCUUCUUUGUUCAUUCAGAACAAUAUCUCUGUCGGUGCUUCUGGUGCUCUUUUUGGUCUUCUUGGAGCUAUGCUUUCAGAACUUUUCACAAACUGGACUAUCUAUACCAAUAAGGUUGCAGCAUUGAUCACACUUCUGGUUAUCAUUGUCAUCAAUCUCGGGAUUGGAAUUCUGCCACAUGUUAAUAACUUCGCCCACAUCGGUGGAUUUUUUACUGGAUUUCUGCUUGGAUUUGUAUUGCUUCUCCGUCCCAAGUACGGAUGGUUAGAGCAGCCAAAUCUUCCUGGUGGAGUUGGUCCGAGCUCCAAAUACUACGCUUACCAAUAUGUUCUAUGGAUUGCUUCGGUAGUUCUAUUGAUUGCAGGAUCAACCACUGCACUUGUGAUGUUGUUUCGUGGGGAGAAUGCGAAUGAUCGCUGCCAUUGGUGCCACUAUUUGAACUGUGUUCCCACCUCAAGAUGGAAUUGUGAUUAGAAACAUCUUUAGAUAUUUUAACAUUUGGAUCAUUCUAUUUCCCCUGUAAAUGUGUAGUUCACUAGAAAUAUAGUUUACACUUACAGUUUCUAGUUGCUUGGCUGAAUAAUGAUAAUGGUGCUAUAUUGAAGUAUAUGUUAUUUA